UCAAACAGAAUUAUAUUAUUGUUUUUCUUAGACCACCUAGAGUUUAUUAUUACUUCGGGAUGUAUUAGUAAAUUUAUAUUUAUUGAGAUAUUUCAAAAUUUUAUUUUCCGAGACGGGACGUACCCUCCUAUGAACCUAAUAUAGAAACCCCUAUUAAUUUACAAACAAACGAAGGGACAGACUUUGACCAUAUUGUGUAAAAACAAAUUAUCGGUCAGAUGAAAUAUUUCAAAAUUCACUCCCAGAAAAAUUUUCUAUUUUCAUAACAAGGAUUAUUACAAUUUAAUUUAGAAUCACCUGAGAAACGACGAAACGUUUGACCUAUCGCUUCACGUAAGUUCGAAAGGUUCAUUGCAAGAGGAGUGGGGGGGUUGUUCGAAUAUUAGGGCGCCAUAAGAAAUGCCCAUUGCCGCACGACCACCACAAACAAUUUCGAAAAGUGGGGGGCAGUAGAGGGUUGACGGAAAAUUUCCAACUUUCAUAUUCAAACCAUAACAAAUUUUCGAAGCCUCUUAAAAGUAAAUAUAGAUAAAUAGUUUAUUUCCCGCCAAAUAAAUUCAAUGUCCCCUCGUGUCAAUUUGUUUCCUUCGGGUACACAAUAACGAAAUUGAUCUUAUCUCUGAAGUGAUCCAAAAAUCGCACAAUAUCUAUCAAAUCAUCACAUAAAAACGAUUUGCAGAUACAACUGCCAUGCUAUUAUUGAUGUCACUCAACCAGGUUAAUGAACAUUGCAUAAGUUGUUUACAGAGUCCUCUCGUUUCGCAUUGGUUUCCUGUUCUUCGGUAUUUCUAGUAUUGAACAAUGAACCGAAUCAACCGUGAUUUUCGCAGUCAUUUUUAUUCAGAAAUAACUCGGUUUCCAUAGCAAUGAGUCGAUACUGUUUUAUUAUUAAAAAAUAUUUUUCACAAUCAACUUCAGCUAGUUUCGUAGGUUCCGUUGAAUCAUUCAUUAAAGACAUUUGAAUCGUAAUUUAUAAUCGGAAAUGUGGAAAUGCCUGCAAUGGAUACCAUCACGAGUUAUCAUCUGCAUCAUGAUGUUCACUGCCUGUUGGACGAGCUACAUGUGCCGUCUGCAGAUGAGCAUAUUAGCGGUACCCAUGAUACGAACACUGGGGGAUAAGCAUGAACUCUCGGGGGCAUGUGUUCGCGAUGCUGCGGCUCAAGCUAACCGAGAGGGAAGAUCGAUAAUUUUUGAUCAUAUGGAGGAUCCUGGGUAUUCACACGCGAUUUUUCAGAGAGACGCUAAUGACACUGUCUUUCCCGGUCUCAAUGUUACCUUUAGAGAGGACGAAUCAGAGGCACCCCCAGCUUCAGGCGGGAUGCAUCUGUUCUCCGGUAGGCCUUUUGACUGGACGCCUUUCAUCCGUGGCCAACUGAUCUCAGCGUACAGCUGGGGUAACGUUCCCGGGAAUUUCAUCGGCGGUGUUGUGGCCCAAAAAUGGGGACCGAGGCGGGCGAUCCUCUGGUCAUCAAUACUUGCCGGUGUUGUGUCCCUGAUCAGUCCGAUACUUGCUCACUUAUCGUGGAUAGCUCUCGCUUUAUCGCGAGUGGUCAUUGGUCUCACUGGAGGCAUCACUUUUCCCGCUUGUCAUACCCUGGUGGCGAGGUGGGCCCCACCGGACGAAAAAGGACGCUUCGUUUGGACUCUGCAGGGAGGGACUUUUGGCUCUAUUUUUCUCUUUGGAAUGAUUUCGGGAAUUGCAGAGAGCAUGAACUGGGAGAGUGGAUGGUACAUUCCGGCUAUUAUGAUGUUUGUGUGGGUUGUUGCUUGGUAUCUGUUUGCCUGGGACUCACCUGAGGAACACCCGGGCAUCUCUGAGGAAGAGAAGAACUUCAUUCUAGAAUCUCAAGCAGGUACUGUUCAAAAACAGAAGCCAAGCUUGAGUGAAACUCCCAUUCUGAAGAUUAUGACAUCAAUUCCAUUCUUAUGUUUGAUACUCUGUCAUUUCGGCAACCUAUUCCUGCUAUUUUUCUAUCAAAAUGGCAUGAUGCUGUACCAGACAAAAGCCCUGGGUUUCCAAUUGACAAAAGGUGGAGUUGUUGCUGGACUGCCGUGGGCCAGCCGAGUUCUCUUUGCCUUCUUCUUCGGAUGGGCUGGCGAUAUUAUCAAAAGGAAACAGUUUAUGUCUGUGACUGCUCUGAGAAAAGUCGCCACUAUUUUCUCUCACUUAUUGCCAGGAAUCUGCUUGAUAAUCGUCGGCUACCUCGGCUGCUCCUUCUUCUGGGCAAACGUCUUCCUUGUCCUGGCACUUGGCUUCAAUGGAGCCGCUUCAAUCUCAAACUUAUCGAAUAAUCAAGAUUUAUCACCGAAUUACGCUGGUUUCUUGUACGGAAUAAUGAACACCAUCGGAUGCUUAUCGGGGAUUAUUAUUUCACCAGUUGUUGAAGAAGUAGCUGGAAAAUACGGCAAUCCAAUCGAAAAGUGGAGACUUCUCUUCUGGAUGGGAGCGACAGUUUGCAUCUCUUGCAUGGCAAUAUUUAUUGCUGGCGGUAGUGGAAAAGUACAGAGUUGGAACGAAUUGAAACCCCGAGAAGAAGGCGAGACCGCCGGUCGCAGAUAAUAAUCCAAAUUUUGCAAAGACUCAUUGUGAUACGACAAUUUUCAUGAAUGAAUUUUUUAAGCAAUAUUUCCUGUAUCAUUUUUCAUGAAAAAAAAUACUCAUCUCCAAGGCAAUGUAGUCCAGGAAGCGUUGAAUUACAUCAACAAGUUUUACAUAACACAAUAAGUACAAAUGUACAAUUAUGGUGCAAUAAUACCUAAGACAGGUGCAUGUAUGAAGGACAGAUGCUCAUUCAUGUUUUAUGAAUUUUAUUGAAAUUCAAUUAUUAGUUGAAAUUCACGAAGAAAAAUCGAAUGAAAUGGAGCCGUUAAUCUUCGCCAAGUCAAUCCAAAGAUUUAAGGGAUCAGAUUGAUUAGCACGAUCGGAAGAGACACAUAUUAUGAGCACAUUUUCUACCGACGAGUUCAGCAUACUCCUUGACUUCUUUCAUGUCAUCCUUUCCGCUACACAUAAGCCGAGUAUUGCGAACCUCUCCGUAUAAUCGUGGACCGCGAUAGUACACCCGAACCUGCAUGAGAAAAACAAGCAAUUAUGAAUUAUUAGGAUUGCAGGACAUUGUGAGAUAGUUUAGAUAAUUAAAUGCGGAGAGAAAUCGUAGAAAGAACUGAUGAUUUUGGAAUAAUAUGUAUGAGAAUCCGUCCCUUCAAAUUGUUCCAGUUAUUUUUGUUCAUGAAAUGCAAAAAAUUAGAGCAAACAACGAGACAAAUUAAUCUCUAGUAAUUUGCUGUAAUUUUGUUCUGCCUCAAAUGACAAAUUCUCAAUGUUAUUAACGGACUUGUGUAUUACGUAAAUAAAUGACCUAUUUCAUACUCUACAAAA